ACCACUGUGUAUCACUGGUUUUGUGAGUUAAUCGUGGACUUGGUAUGCUUAUGGACGAAACUGAAGAUGGUCGGCUAAAUCAGUUGUUGUACUUACCACAGACGACGAUGCAGUGCGUGAACUAACAAAGCAAGAUCGUCAUGUUACAUAUCGAGAGAUAGAGGCGUCCUUGGACAUUGUAUGACGAUGUGUAUAUAUAAGAUAUUACACGAACAUUUGGCUGCAAAAGGUUUGCUCGCGUUGGAUACCGCACAUCUUAACAAUAGAUCAAAAAUAGGCUCGUGUCAAUUGGUGCAAAAAAUAUAAUAAUAAAAUACAAUCGUGUUACAUCGAAAGCUAGACCUCCGAAACUACUGGGCCUACAAUUUUGAAAAAAAUAUAAAAUAUAAGUUUAAGAAAAAUGCCGCUUGUGACGGUAGAAGAAGGCAUACUGAAGGGCGCAGUUUGUGAAGAAGGCGACACUACGUAUAUAGCCUUUAAGGGGAUACCUUACGCCAAACCGCCGAUAGGAAAUUUAAGAUUUAAGGCUCCAGAACCCCCCGAAGCAUGGACGGGCGAGCGCGAUGCAACGCAGCACGGCCCCGUCUGCCCGCAGUACAACGAGCGCCUCGACUGCAUCGAGGAAGGAAGCGAGGACUGCCUCUAUCUGAACAUCUUCACCAAAACUCUCGAUCCCCUCACACCCCGCCCCGUCAUGGUCUGGAUCCACGGCGGAGGCUUCUACACCGGCUCAGGAAACUCCGACUACUACGGCCCAGAAUUCCUAAUAAAGCACGACGUCAUCCUUGUAACCUUCAACUAUAGACUAGAAGUCCUUGGAUUCCUAUGUCUGGACAACGAAGAAGUCCCUGGCAACGCCGGCUUAAAGGAUCAAGUUGCUGCCUUGAGGUGGGUAAAGAAAAACAUAUCCCGAUUUGGUGGAGAUUCCGAUAACAUUACCCUGUUCGGCUGCAGCGCAGGCGCGGCCGCCGUGUCCUACCAUUUAGUAUCUAAAAUGAGCCGAGGGUUGUUCAACAAGGCGAUAUGUCAAAGCGGAGUCUGCCUUAACGAAUGGAGCUAUAAUCUCUACCCUCGGGAAAGAGCAUUUCAGUUAGCUAGGCAACUUGGAAAAGAAACAAAUGAGCCUUCUGAAUUAUUACAAUUCUUCAGAGAGUUACCUACGUCGUCGUUAGUUAAAAUCGAAUUGCCCAUCUUACAAGUUGAAAAUUACGAUCUCGCGGACAACAUUUUGUUCGGACCCGUAAUAGAAAAAUCUCAUUUGAAUAUUGAAAAGUUUUUAACAGAAUCUCCAGUGGAACUGGUUAUUAAUGGGAGCAUAGCAAACGUACCUAUAAUAGUAGGAUACACGUCUGGGGAGGGAAUCGAAAUAUCAAGAAAAUUACCACAAUUGCUAUCGUUCCUAGCAAGAACAGGAGCCGUCGUUCCGAGAGAGUUGAAAUUUAAGUUAACGCGGGAAGAGUUGAAAGAUGUAGAUAAAAAGAUUCGCAACCGAUAUUUUUCUUAUAAAGAAAUUACAGAAAACUUACUUCAAGAGGUGACAGAUCUGGAGUCUGACAACCUUUUCAUUUACAAUAUCAUACGUUAUGCGAGGUACCAUGAUCUGUACUGCUCCAAGCCAGUUUUUCUUUACAAGUUUACAGCAGAAACUGAAAGGAAUUAUUACAAGAAAUAUUACAAAAUGGAAUCUGUCAGAGGCGUGUGUCACGCGGACGAGUUGCCUUAUUUGUUCGAUGUAAAAUGUCUUGAUAUACAGAUGUCAGAUAAAUCUAGGAUAAUUGUAAAUAAUCUAGGAAAAUUAUGGACCAAUUUCGCAAAAACAGGCAAUCCAACUCCAACCACCGAUUUGGAACCGUGGAAACCAUUCAAAGACGAAGAACGAAACGUCUACAUUAUUGGGCAGGACCUGAAAUGUACGGAAGGUGAAGACGCUAAAAAUAUCCAGCUUUGGGAAGAAAUAUAUGGAGAAAUAGUAUUGCAAUGUCAAUGUCCGGUGUGAUAUUAUAAUUGUUUAUUAGAUUGAUAUUGUGUAAAUAGGUAAUAAAAUAAACAAAUUUAAUAUGA